CGUUUGGACCCGUUCCCGCUGAGUCCCCGCCGCCGCGCGGUAUCACGCGAGUCUCGCUCGGGCCGGAAGGGACUGACGCGGCGUACCGGGUUUUCCCUAUCUGCGCAUCGUACCGCAGUUGACCACUUUUUGUGCGUUCGGACAUGGCUGCAGGGCGACUGGUCGGCGUCGGCUCGGCCGGAGUUUGGUCGCAAUAAUAACGUUCGCUAGUCGCAAUUGCAUCAUUGUCCUCACGACCUUGCGACAAUAAUAUUAUAAUAUAAUUAUUGUUAUUAUGGGAAACAAAUGCUGCAAAAAUCAGGCGUCCACGUACAGUAGCGCCAACGCUACCAUCAGAUCGUUCUCGUCGUACAACUCUUCGAUCAUCCGGUCGGGCGGAAGUCAUGCAAUCACUUUUGGAACCUCUACUCGUGCUGGUGACUCCUUGACCACCCUCACCAUGAAGUCGAGUAAUCACUCGGAUGCCGGUAGUAAAGAUUACCGGGGUGGUUCAUCGAGUACCGUUGGCCAAGAAGAUCUGAUUCCAAUAUUUUUGAGACGCCUUAACGACCUCAACAUUAGAGUCGGAACCAGAACUAGGUUUUUGAUCGAGCUCGACGACGCUACGGGUGUUCAGGUCCGUUGGUACCAUAACAACGUAGAGGCUGACAGUGAAAGGUACCAGUACAUACACGAAGGAGGGUUUUAUUGUUUGGACAUUGUUCCUGUGACGUUGUUCGACGAAGGUCUAUGGGUGUGCACCGCUCAAAAUUAUGCCGGGAAAUCUUCAACUGCCGCUCAUUUAUCGCUAACCGUUCCGAAAGCGUUCAAAAAACCAAUUUUCGUUGAGCAGCUGAAGGCAGUGCUGACUCAGCGUGGAAUCGUCUCACUGGAGUGCAAGGUGAUCGGCGUCCCGACGCCCAAAUUACGAUGGUACAAAGACGACAAGGAGAUCAAAGCCGGCGACAUAUUCGCGUUAACGGCGAAUUCCGAAGAAGACUGCUUGGGCAUUUACACGUGUGAGGCGGCAAAUGUCAUGGGCACCGCGCUGUCUACGUCAAAAAUACAAGUGACUCACACGCCACUUGACGGAAACCACGACGCAGACAGUCUCAUACCAUAUGGACCGCCACCGAAGUUCUCGAAAUUCUUGAAAAAUGCGUCCGGUAAAGUCGGCAGCGUAUUGUUUUUAGAAUGUCAAGUGGAAGUUCCACCGUGGCCCCGAAGUAUAGGGUGGUACAACGAUAAUGGCAUAGUUAACGAAGGACCAUUGUAUCACCUGACGGCUGAUGGAUUGGGCAUGUAUGGCGUGGAAAUAAAAUCACUCAGAGCCGAUCACAGCACCACUUGGAAAUGUGUCGCUACUAGUUCGACGGGAUCGAAGGCUGUUACAUCCUGCGUGGUAUCGGUGUCAUACCCAAAGAAUUACCGGGUGCCAAGAUUUUUAGAAAGCCUUAGGGCAAUCAUGACCGACGAAGGUUUAGUUAGCUUUGAAUGCAAGGUCAUCGGAUACCCCACACCACAACUUUUGUGGUUCAAGGACGGCAAGCAACUUCAACCCGGAGAUGUGUAUGAGUUAACUGGGAGUAAAUCAUUAGGAAGCUAUUGUUGUGUCGCCCGAAACUGUAUGGGUGAAACAAGUAGCCUCGCUGAACUUACGAUAGAAGACAUCCAAAAUCAAUUGAAUGAAAGUGAAAAACUUCAGUUAACGUCAAAUACACAGCCACCACGGUUUUUAUUGGGACUUAAGAGUAUUGAAGCUAACAUUAACGAAUCUUUUGUUUUUAUGAUCAAAGUCACAACUGAAUCCACACCUUCAAUCAGUUGGUAUAAAGAAGACGAACAAAUUACUGAAUCAAAUCGAUACCAGUUUUCUACUGAAGACAAUGGGACAUAUAUUCUAAACAUAGUGCCACUCGAAAUUGACGAUCAGGCUGAAUGGAAAUGUGUAGCAAUCAAUAAGUAUGGUCAAACUGCGACGUCCAGUUUCUUGAAGUUAAAUAUUCCAAAAAAUUUUAAACGUCCGAGAUUCCUUGAAGAACUGAGAAUAGCGUUCUCAAACGAGGGUUCGGUCAACUUAGAGUGCAAAGUGAUUGGCGUCCCACAACCGCAAUUGAAAUGGUUUAAAGAUGGCCAAGAGCUGAAUCCCGGCGACAUGCACAAAAUAAUUUCUGGACAAAGUGGUACGUGCUGUUUGGGCACUUACACUUGCCAGGCACACAACUGUAUGGGGACGGUGUCCAGUUCAGCAACUCUAUUGACAAUGGAAGAUAAAUCCACUGUCAAAUCAUGCGCUUCGGAAGAGUAUCUAUCUGUCGGGAAUCCACUUGUACGGAAUGAAUCCUUGUCGACAAUUCCUGAAGAGAGGACGAGCCAAAUGGAAAAGUCGUACACCAUUGAAGAACCCGCUGACAUAUCAUUUUCAUUUGACGGCAAAGAAGUGACCGUUUCGCUUUAUGAAACCCCAGACCUAACGCACGACGAAGCAUUGCAAAUCAUUGAAAUGUAUGCGGAUGAACUUUCUGAACAUAUAUCAGAAGACAAUGUUGUUGAUUUGCCAUCGUUGCGAAUCGUUAAAGAAUCGUCAAUUUCCGGCCCGGUUAUGAUGGAAGCUUUGGUUAUAGACGUGCCUAUCGAUUUUUGUCGACAACAAACAGUAUCAGACACUGAAUUCGAUGGCGUUUCGCUGACUGAAGACAUAACUCUUGCAAAUAAUGAUAAAAGCGAAAGCAUAUGUGAGAAUAGCCUGGAAUAUUUUUCAGAUCAUUUGUCGUCUGGAAAUUCGAAGCGUGAGGUAUUUUAUAGUGCGAGUGAAACGACGCCUAAAAAUUCAUCAGUGAUUUUAAAACAGAAACCAGAAGACGAUGGUCAUCAGUCUUUCCAGACACCAAAACUCUUUAUGUCAGACUCCGAUGAUCAGAUUCUAACGCAACUGAAAUUGGAUGAAAGACUUUUACCUCCAAAUUCUAGACAUGUAACUGGACCAUUGGCUCGGUCUGAGAGCAAUAACACCGAAGAAGAAGUGUCUGAAACACUGGCUGAAAUAGAAAAUGAACCACCAUUAUCACAUAAUUAUUGCGCAUCUGAAAUUGUUACUCAGUCUGAUGAAGAUGGAUUAUACUCCUCAGUAUUGAACAAAAUACGCGGUAAAGGAAAGACGAGUGUGAUACUUAGUUCUGCAGAAGACGACGUUUUUAAAAUUAUUUCCAGACCAAACGUGGAUGAAUUUUUAAAAUACAUGAAAAUCAUUUUGGAAGGCACUAUGGUAAAGAUGCGCACUCACGAAAAUUUUAAUUUCACUAGCACGAAUACUGAACUUGAACGUUCGAUCCAAGCGCUACAUUCUCUUGCAUGGAAAUUUAUUGAAGAAACGGAGAGAAACGAUGUAACAGAGUUAGACAAAAACACGGCCGAUAAUGUAUCAAGUUUAAUGACUGCAAUAAACGCGAGUUUGCUAGCGUUAGAACAAAUCGAUGAUCCAUUUGGUGUCUCAGACAAUGUAUUAAACGAAAUACAAUCAUCCGUAUGUUUUGAUUUAGAAACGCUUAACAAUAACAAUCUUCCAGCUACGGUCAUUUUAGAUCGUUUAUCAGACCAAAUAAAAAACUUCACACUCGUUGUCAAUAGACAAGUAGCCCAAGUAACAGAACAACGUAUUAUAGCUGUGUUACGAAACACAAUCGGCACUACUUUGGUGUACAUCAAAACCUUACAACAGAAUUGUUCUAAAAUAAAAUGUGUGGACAUAAAUUCAUUGGCACCUUUAUUUUCAAUGAUACAACCAUUAGAAACUAUUUUAAAUGACAUAGCUGCUAUGGAAGAUGCAUCAAUAGACGAUAACAAACCCAAUCUUAAAUUAAAACAAAUAUUAAUACCCCCCAUAAGUUCUAUUGCGUUUGCUUUAGACAGUCUAAAUACAGCAUUAAAAAACGAUAGUUCUAAUGACGAUCAGGAUUUAAAAAAUAUUUACGAGAAAAUAAAUGAAUCCACAAAUCAAUUUAUGACACUAGCCUCGCAUGGCAUGGAAAGUAAUAAAAUAGCUGAGUGUUUCAUAUCGUUCACAAAACCUAUUAACGAUUUAUGUUGUCACCUAAGACGGUUAGGCAGAUCAACUGAAAAUAUUGUGUCUUCUGAUUACGGAUCUGACGAUAAACUCUUACUAGAUUUUGAGACCCUUUUCGAUGAACUGAUGAUAGAUAUUGACACAUUGAUCAACAAUGUAAAUUUUGUUCAAGAUUCCGAAAACAAUAUGAAUCCUUUAGGAUCUUUAUUAGAACCAUUGCAAGAUAUGAAAAUUGGUUUGUUCCAAGUUAAUCAAGUUUUACUUUCGAACCAAACUGGUUCAACCAUGAGUUAUGAAGUAAUGAGUUGUUUUGAACAUUUAUCUCAGCAACUCGUUCAACUGAACAAUUGUAUUGUCAAUCAAUCAAUAGUAGAAGAGACCGACAAGGAAAUACCAUUUGAAUCUUCGAUAAAAAUGAUGCAAAACAUUUUGUUCGACGAUGCUAUUGAUGAUUUAGGUGUUAACGGAAUACUUUUUGGUAGUGUUAUGAAACCUCUUUUACAACUUCAAAAUCUUAUUGUUUCAAAAAUGGCUUCAGUAGAAAGUGACCUUAGUUUUUCAGAACACACUGAUGUUACUGGUGGGGCUUGUGACACACAAUCAUUGAGUUUAUCCUUGUCAAACAACGCUCAAACUUUCUUGGAUAAAACUGCUAAUGAAAACUCUAAACAGGUAAUAAUUGAAUCAUCAAUCAUAGACAGUUCAAAUAAAGGUCGUGAUAAGCAAAAUAAUAUACGCAGGGAUACUUCCGAAAUAGAAAAAGAUUCAAUACUUUUUGAAAAUGACAUUAAUAAUGAAAAUGUUGUAAAAAGAGGUUUUGAAUGCGAUAUUGGGGAAACAUUCAAAUACGAUGAACCAAAUAUUAUAACAUCUGAAGAUGAUCGAGACAAUUCUGGUUUUGAAGCACUGUUUCAAGAAACUGAUUUAGAAACGAUAAGUGAUUUCGUUGAAGAUGUAAAUUUGGAUAAUAUUAUGAUUUCCAAAGUUGAUCAUAAACUAUCAGAUUUAAUAAUGGAUGAAACAGAUAUUGAUACGAUGCAAAAGAAAACCGAUGAUAUUAUUCCAGAACAUGUAUUAGAAACAUUAGACAAAAUUAACCAACAUGACUUAGUUUUGAAUUCCUCUGUUGAUUUAUUUGAAGAACUUCAAGAAACAUUAAAAACAAUGACUGAAGUAGCUCGAGAUGAAACAUCAGAAAUGCACAACUUGGAUAAUAAUACAUCAAACACGAAUGACUCCCAAAAUGUUGAUUCAACAUAUAUGAAUCCAAUUUGCGAUAAAGUAUCGUAUAACGCAUUAGACAAUUCAUUAGAUGUAGAUCAAAACGAUGAAAAUGAAACGUUUAAAAAUAAACAUAGGAGUAUUAAUGAUCAAAAUACUAACAAAGAAUCGCAAAUAUUUGAAAUAGGGCAGGACGUAGAUUUUGUUGAGAAUUUAGAGAGUUUAGACUCAGAUAAAUCAGUAUCUAAUAACACAAUUAUUUCAAUCCAUGAAAUUUCUGAUUUAAGUGAAGUUAAAAUAAAAGAAAUUGAUCAUACAAAAAAUGUAGAAACUGUUUUUGAUCUAUUUGCAUCUAAAACUGGAAAUGUUCCUCAAAUAGAAGAGUUACUGGAUAAAAAUGAAACUUCAAUUACCUCUGUAGAUGUGUCAAAUGGAAAUAAAUCUUUAAUUACAUCUGUACAUAAUGUGGUGUCCAAAAUAAAUGACAAUGAUGCAGCUAUAACAACUUUAUUCGAUUUAAAAAAUGGAACUUUGGAGCAAACUGUGUUUAGCAAAUUAAACUCUACUGAAUCUAUUCAAAAUUUAAAUAUUGUUUCGAAUGAAGAUAUUAAGAUUGAUAAAAAUAAGUUCAAUGAAUCUGAAAAUAUUAAUACGUUAAAUAAUGAUAAUGAUAUAGAAAAUAAAGAUACAAUGUUAAUCAAAGAAGCUGAAGUACAGUCGAUCACAGAAAAUGUUUCAGACAAGUCAUUUACAAAAGAUGACGCUGUCGUAAAUGAAAAUGAUGCUAUUGAUAAUUUAGGAACGGAUAUGGUCAUUCAAGUGGAAGAAACUAGAAAUGGAAAUGAAUACAACACCGACAAAGGUAAACAAAUAAUUUUAAUAGAUGAAUGCACUAACGAAACAGAAUUAAAUAAAAUGUUACGAACUUUAGUGGAAGAGAAAAAUCUUAUAACACCAGAAAAUAAAUUAGUGAUCGGAGAUAAUGAUUCUAAGAUUAUUGACCAAGAUGAUAAUUUGGACAAAAAAUUACAACACGAUGUACAACCAAACGUAAAUAAAACUUCUACAACAGAUAAUAUGCAAAUUGUUCUGAGUUAUACCAAUUGUGAAAAUGUGGCGAACCAGAUACUAAAUGUUCUUCAAACAGAAAAAUGUGAUAAUAGAUUUGAAAAUAAUGAUAUAAUAGAUGACAUGAAAAUUAAAUCUAAAAAUAACGUUAUUAACGAUUUUAAAGAUUCAUUUAAUUCUAUUUUAAAUGAAAAAGAAGCUGAUUGCAAUAUGAAAAUAAAUAUACAUCCAGAAAACAAAAUAAAAGGAAUAGUAAUGGGCGAUGAAGAAAAGUCCACAAAUAAAUUAAAUACAACUUUCUCCGACUUAAAACAAUCUACUAUUUUAGAAAAACACGAUACAGAUCUAUCAGAAAAUACAUUAAUAAAUAAUAAAAUAAUUACUCUGGAGAGUACACAAUCAAUUGAUCCAUUUAAAUUGGAAGAAAAUCAUUUUGAAAAACAAUUCACUGAAAAUAUGGAUUCCAAAUAUGAACAUAACACAGCUUUAGAUGAUAAAGAGAACAUGGUAAAUAAUUUAGAAUAUUUAGACUCUAAAAAUGAAAUCAAAUUAUCUUGUCCAUAUGAGAUGAUCAAUAAAGAUGAAGAGAAUUCACCUAAUGAAGUUCAAUUCAUACAAAACGAUGAGUACAAAUUGAUUAAGGAAUCUGCAAAUAUUGUUGUAGAACCAACCACUGCUUUGAUAUGUAAUGAAACUAUUUUGGUAUCCAACGCUCAACCACUAGAUACAGUUGUAAUUGAUUUUGAAAAUAUCAAAGAACAGUAUGAGAAAGAUGUAUGUAUUUCUGAGUCUAAGAAUAAAAUAGUUUUAGAAGAUGUAAUCGAUAAUGUAGAGAAAAAUAAUCAGCAGAGCAAUGAUGGGGAACCAAUGUCCAAAGAUAAAUUAUUAUUAGAGCCUUUACACUCAAACAACGUAACUUAUGAUGAAAAUAAGUCAGAAAAAUCUAUUACAAACGAUUGCAUUGAAAGUCAGACUUCAAAAUCAAUUGAUGAAAAAUCGAAUUCUGUCAGUAGUAAUGAUGCUGUGAUGGAUAAUGGUGACAUAUUAAAAACAAUAAAUAAUUUUGGGGCAGACGAUGCAGAAGAAAAAAUAAUGACUAAAUUGAAGAUAUUCAAUGAAGGAGAGGUCACAACUUUUUUGGAUUUAGAAAAGACAAAAUCCAACAUCGAAAAAGUUGAUAAUUCAAAAAUAUUUGCUUCUGAAAUAAACUGUUUACCCUUUGAUAAUGACCAAGUCGUUGAUUUAUGUGAUGCGAAAAACAACUUAGCUAAAAACAAAGGUUCAUUUUUGGCUAAAGAAAAUGGAGAAGAGUGUAAUGAAGUUACUAGUCAACAAAAUACAUGCAUUGAAAUCUUAAAUGAAAAUAACGCAAAUCAACAAAAACAAUUUACUGAAUGCCCACCAAAGGUUCCAGGGAACUUUGAAAAACUAGUUACACUUUCACUCGAAGAAACUCGGGAAACUAAUACAGUCAGCAAUGUUGAGAAAUUAAAUAGAAGUGAAGACAAUUUAGAAAUAAACAAAACAAGUGCAACAAACAGUAUUGAAAAUAAUACUAAUAAAGAGCAAAAUCCAAAUUCAAUCGAUGUUUGUGAAUCAUUGGAAAAUAAUACAGUUUUGGUUAAUAAUAGAAAUCAAACAAUAUGCUUAAAUAAUACGGAACUUGCAAAUGCAAAUGAAAAACUUACGGAAGAUUUAGAAAAUAUUCAAGAACUUUCUGGGAACAAUUUUGAAAAACCGUUUGACUAUAAAAAUAAUUUAGGAGGUGCAGACAAUUUUAAAAAUGAUGAAAAUACAGAAACAGAAGAAAUAAAAAAAGAAUUUAUCAAUUUAAUGGAUCUUGAGACAUCAAAGAGGAAAUUAGAGACUACUACUGUUAAUACUCCAAGAGUUGACUCGGACGAAAGUACAAAACAAGAAGAAAGAUCAACCUUAGAAAAUCUGUCAAAUUUAGUAAUUGAUGAUCUAAAUAUCUCCUUCGAAGCUCCCAAAAAUGAAUUAUCUAUCAAUAAAAACAUUGAUAGUACAAGUAUAGAAAGUUCUAAUUCAAAUAUUUCUAUAUCUGAAACUUUGCAGAUUAACGCUACAGUUGAUAUAAUAGAUCAGCACAAAGAUAUUUCCAAAACUGAAACACAAGAAACACCAGACAAUAGUAAGGAACGAGAAAUCAAGGAUUAUUCAGGAGAAAUUCAAAGCUGUAAAAGUAAUUUACCUUUAAGUGAAUUCCGAGAUAUUCAAGAAAGCAAUACUAUAGACGGAAAUAAAGAAAACGAACACUCCAAAAAAGGACCUGAUGGUAUAAAUAUCAAUGAAGAUAAAUUGAUAAACGAGGUUAAAAUGAAUUAUGAGAUUAAUGUUGAUACUGCUUUGGAGAAUAGCUCUAUUGGUCUAAAUGAUUAUUUGUUAGAAAGUAAAAUCAGUGAUGUGUCAGCUGCAGAAAAAUGUGGUGUUCUUUCUAUUCUGCCAAAAUUGCAUUGUGCAGAGAAAAUUGCCUCUGAUGGAACCGAAUGUGUGAUUUUAGAAAAUACGAAUAACUUGAAAAACUAUGAUAUUAAUGCUGCUGAAAAUGAUAAGCAACAUGCACGAGUGGAACACGAAUUAAACAUCGCUGCUAUCGGAAACAGUAUCAUAGAUUACGACAGUGUUAAAGAAAUCUCAUUAACUGAAGGUGAGGAAAACAAAUUUACAGCAAAGGUGACUACAGCUCUUACUUUUGACAACCAUUCAUUUGAAAUCGUCUCGACUAAUGUUGAUAUUUUGAAUGAUAAUACUAAAGAUACAAAGAUAAAAGAUGAACAAAUUGUGCAUUCGGACACUAAUGAAGUAAUUGAAAAUUCUUCAAGAUCGACAACGCAUUCAAGUGAAAAUGAGAAUCCAGAAGUUUCAACAGUUGAUAAAUUAAAGGAUGAAAUUGAAAAUACAGACAAUUUCAAAGAAACUGUACAAACAAAAACCAAAUCGAUGCACAACACUACAGAAUUAUACAACGAUGAUACUUCUAAUCAUAGCAAUGUAGAUUUGAAAAAGAAUAAUGAAGGAGUUGAGAAAUUACAACAAUCUUUAGAAAAUGCAAAUCAAAUGUUUGAAUCUUCAGUGGUUUCCGUAGAAAAACAUGACAACAAUGAUGAUUUUAAAAGUGACAAUAGAGACAAGACGAAUCGAGGAAGUAAGAAAGAGAAAUCAGGCCCACAGCCAGAUGAUAAAAAAUCACCUUCACCUGAUAAGACAAUAAGUAAAAUUAUCGAUAAUGAAGAGAACAUUGACACAACAAUAGUUAUUAAUAAAAGUGUUAAAGAAAAUAUUAAUAAACUUUCAGAUGAUAACAAAGAUACUAUAAUAGUUGAAGUUGAAAUGGAUAAAACGCAAGCAGAAAAUGUACCAGAAAAUAUAAUUGAAAAAGCCGUCUUAAAUGUCAAUGAAAAUGAAAAUCAGAAGAAUAGCGAACUCAGUACAGAUGAUAAAAUAAAAUCGGAAGAAAGUAAUGUGGAAAUAGACAAAACAAAACGAGGAAGUAAGAAAAAGAAAUCAAGUCCAAAGCCAGAUGAUACAAAAUCACCUUCACCUGAUACUACAAAAAGUAAUAUUAAUGUCGGUGAAAUAAAUACUGACACAGCAAAAAUUAUUGAUAAAAGAAUCGAAGAAAAUAAUAAAAAUCUGUCACAUGACAAUAAAGAUACUGAAAAAGUUGAAGUUGAAAUGAAUAAGAAGCAAACAGAAAAUGUUCCAGAAAAAAUAAUUGAAAAAGUCGUAUUCAAUGUCAAUGAAAAUGAAAAUCAGAAGAAUAGCGAAAUCAGUACAGACGAUAAAAUAAAAUCAGAAGAAAAUAAUGUGGAAAAAGACAAAACCAAACGAGGAAGUAAGAAAAAGAAAUCAAGUCCAAAGCCAGAUGAUACAAAAUCACCUUCACCUGAUAAGACAAUAAGUAAAAUUAUUGAUAAUGAAGAGAACAUUAAUACAACAAUACUUAUUAAUAAAAGUGUUGAAGAAAAUAUUAAUAAACUGUCAGAUGAUAACAAAGAUACUGUACAAGUUGGAGUUGAAAUGGAUAAAACGCAAGCAAAAAUUAUACCAGAAAAAAUAAUUGAAAAAGCCGUCUUAAAUGUCAAUGAAAAUGAAAAUCAGAAGAAUAGCGAAAUCAGUACAGAUGAUACUAAAAUAAAAUCGGAAGUAAAUAAUGUGGAAAAAGAUAAAACAAAACGAGGAAGUAAGAAAAAGAAAUCGAGCCCACAGCCAGAUGAUACAAAAUCACCUUCACCUGAUAAGACAAUAAGUAAAAUUAUUGAUAAUGAAGAGAACAUUAAUACAACAAAAAUUAUUGAUAAAAGUAUCGAAGAAAAUAAUAAAAAUCUGCCACAUGACAAUAAAGAUACUGAAAAAAAUGGAGUUGAAAUGGAUAAAACGCAAGCAGAAAUUAUACCAGAAAAAAUAAAUGAAAAAGCCGUCUUAAAUGUCAAUGAAAAUGAAAAUCAGAAGAAUAGCGAAAUCAGUACAGAUGAUACUAAAAUAAAAUCGGAAGUAAAUAAUGUGGAAAAAGAUAAAACAAAACGAGGAAGUAAGAAAAAGAAAUCGAGCCCACAGCCAGAUGAUACAAAAUCACCUUCACCUGAUAAGACAAUAAGUAAAAUUAUUGAUAAUGAAGAGAACAUUAAUACAACAAAAAUUAUUGAUAAAAGUAUCGAAGAAAAUAAUAAAAAUCUGCCACAUGACAAUAAAGAUACUGAAAAAAAUGGAGUUGAAAUGGAUAAAACGCAAGCAGAAAUUAUACCAGAAAAAAUAAAUGAAAAAGCCGUCUUAAAUGUCAAUGAAAAUGAAAAUCAGAAGAAUAGCGAAAUCAGUACAGAUGAUACUAAAAUAAAAUCGGAAGUAAAUAAUGUGGAAAAAGAUAAAACAAAACGAGGAAGUAAGAAAAAGAAAUCAAGUCCAAAGCCAGAUGAUACAAAAUCACCUUCGCCUGAUACUACAAAAAGUAAUAUUAAUGUCGGUGAAAUGAAUACUGACACAGCAAAAAUUAUUGAUAAAAGUAUCGAAGAAAAUAAUAAAAAUCUGUCACAUGAAAAUAAAGAUACUGAAAAAGUUAAAGUUGAAAUGGAUAAGAAGCAAACAGAAAAUGUUCCAGAAAAAAUAACUGAAAAAGCCGUCAUAAAUGUCAAUGAAAAUGAAAGUCAGAAGAAUAGCGAAAUCAGUACAGAUGAUAUUAAAAUAAAAUCGGAAGAAACUAAUGUGGAAAAAGAUAAAACAAAACGAGGAAGUAAGAAAAAGAAAUCAAUCCCACAGGCAGGUGAUGUUAUAUCACCUUUACCUAAUUCCACAAAGAGUGAUGUUAGUGUUAGUGAAAUGAAAGUUGACACAACCAAAUGUAUCGAUAACAGUCUUGAAGAAAAUAAUAAAAAAUUGUCACAUUAUUAUGAAGACAUUGAAUGUGCAGCAAUUGAAGUAGAUAAAAUAGAACCAGAAAUAGCUUCAGAUAAUAAUUUAAAGGUUUUAGGAAGUAUAGAAAAAGAUGUUUCUACUGAUAAAACAAGUGAAAACCAGAAAAAUAUUUUAAUUGAUGUAGAUGACAAUACAUUGGUGGAAAAUGGAAUGGAUAAGAAUAAGAAAACAAUUUUAGAGUCUGAAUAUCAAAUACCAAUUUCAAAACCUUCAUUGAAUAUCAAAACAAAUAAAAUUGAUUCAAUAUUUACCGAUGAAAUCGUCGAAGACAACAAUAGAAAAAUAUCAGAUAAUUAUAAAAACUAUGCGCGAGACGGAACUAAGAUUGAACUGGAAACUGCUGCUGGCACUAAUAAAAGUAUGACAGAAAUCUUUGAAGAUCAGAAUGAUGAAAACAACCGUAAUGAUGAUGAAAUAAAAGCAACAGAAAAAGACAAGACGAAACGAGUAAGCAAGAAAGAGAAUUCAAGCAAACGAUCAGAAGGUAAAAGAUCAACUUCAGCUGAUAAAAAAGAGAAUACGAUUUCAGAUUUAACAGAAAAUUUCACAGAACAGUUGCCUAACAGAAACACGACGUCAGACAAGUUGGAACAAGCGCAAAAAAUAUGCUCUUCAGAGAAUAGUAAUAUCGAAAUUAUUGGAAAGAGUAAAAAAAAUAUAAUUGAUACACAUUUAUUAUCCAAUACAAACAAAAGUAUUGCGGAUUAUAAUAAAAAAGAACAAGAAAUGAGCGCUAAAUCAACUUCACUGGAAAAAUCUCUAAGAACGCACACAACGGUUAACGACAACUUUGACAACAACCCCAAUGAUAAUAAAACAAAUUGUCUUACGGGCAUUCAAAAUGAGAGAAAAUUGACUGGUAUGACUAAUGUUGACAACGUUGUCGACGUACCGGAAGCCCGGAGCUUGGAUAAACGUCCAGUAAACCGUUAUCUACUGGAUGUGACCGAUGCACAUAAGUCACGCCCGAACACCCUGGCUUACAGAUCUCUGACACCGGAUCAUUUGACAUCAUACAGAUCUCUGACGCCUGAUCAUCUGAGUUCAUACAGAUCUCUGACGCCGGAGAGUCCGUCAUACAGGUCAAGCCUAACACCGAGGACUAAGUACUCGACGCCGACAAGAUAUACGGCUUCAUCGGACAAAGAACUAUACGGUGGCAGCAGCAGUAGUCACAGCAGCAGAGGCAGCAGCCGAUCUACAAGUCCUUACCCACCAGAAUCGAGGAUUUCAGCCCGAAGUCUUUGGCCUACCAACGUAACGGCAUACCGAUGCCUUUCGGAGACAUCCAUUCCUCUCAGUCCAAGGCGUGCGCAAGUAGAGACGAAUUCUGGUUGGCCACACACCAGCUACGGUUUGACCACCCGGAGACGCAGGGGAUCUGACAGUUUCCUGCACGAUUCAGGAGUACGGGACGGAGGUUACUAUUCGAGUUGGAGAUUGUCUGACGGCCGGGCAGCAAUAUACAACGCUUCCGAAGACCUUUACAGGACAAAGGAGGCGUUUAAAGGUCUGCACUUCUGCGUUCGGUUGAUAGACCAGACAGUGUCAUCCGGUGCUCGAGUUAAGUUCUGGUGCAGUGUCAUCGGCCAUCCAGAACCACGUGUUCAGUGGUAUCGAGACGGUCAGAAACUCAACAGUUUCACUUACAACUCUUCAGCAAGGUAUCAAACAAAAUACGACGGAGGUUUGGCCCAACUGAUCAUUGAAAACGCUCAGAGUGGCGAUUCUGGAGAGUAUACGUGCGUGGCUUCCAACGGCCGUGACCGAAUAUCUACUACCGGAUUCCUGACGGUGUAUACGUCGCCAUCGGUUUUCAGGAAACCACUGCAACAGCCAUCGCUGUCUGUCGACAGUAUUGAAUCCGGUCGCGGGCUUUACUCUCGGACCAGCCACGAUUUCCGAUUAUCUUCCAACGACAAGUUCGAUUUCAGCUACCAGAAGUUUGCCGGUGACUUGGCCAGCAGGCGCCCUGAGUAUCCAAAGUUCGUGUCUAGCAUAAUCGCCGACGACGUGGCGACUUAUGGUGGUACGAUCGCUCUUCAGGUCCGGGUGCAAGGUUCCCCGGUGCCGAAUGUGACGUGGAUGCGUGAAUCAAGACCACUUCCACGGUUAUCGGGCAAGUACGUUUACCUGGAUGAGGGUGGGCUAUACACGCUUCUGGUAAUGGACAGCACGGCCCGGGAUGGCGGAAAGUACGUGUGCCGCGCGUGCAACCUUUACGGGGCGGCGGACGCGGAAAAGGCAGUUAGGGUGGUGUCGCCGCAGGAUUACACCGACCGCAGGGGUGUGAAACCCGCCAUUAUCGUGUCAAGACCUAAUGAUCGACUGAACGUGGCCGUUGGCGAGGACAUUACCGUCACCCUCCGGGUGGCCGGUGAACCGAAACCCAAAGUCAUAUGGAUGAGAGGUUCAAGGGACGUGACAUUCCUCGAUCGAUCGCUAAAGGAAACUGUCAACGACUACGUUAUGCUGUCGAUCAAAAAGGCGCAACCGUCGGACGCCGGGACGUAUUUUAUUAUCGCUAAAAACGUGUACGGAUCUGAUAGGGCGUUUGUCACCGUCGGGGUGAGGAAACGUGCGAGAUCGUUGACACCGCCGCAAAUCAGAAAUACGAUCGGCCGGUGGUUUAGGCCUUCGGGCGGCGGUAGAGGAGGAAGAGGAGGCUGCGCAAACAACGAAGUCCCGGGUCCCGUGCGCAGCGAACCGACGGUGACGGACCGGACCAACAACCGGAUAUCGUUGCAGUGGGACAGACCGGAAAAACCAGAAACCGUGCUCGUGUACAGGGUGGAGACGCGAUCGGCGGAUGAGGAAUGCUGGCGACAGGUCGGAAUGACUCCCACAAACACCAUAGAUGUGUACAAUCUGAAACCGGGUAACCGGUACCAGUUCCGCGUAGCAGCCCGCAACAGGUUUGGAUGGAGCCAGCCAGUAGCUAGCGAGGGGUACGUGGAUGUGUUCGAGCCAAAGUGUCUGCCUGAAUUUCGUCAACCAUUGCCUGGGCAAACCCGGGUUUUAUUGCGGCAUAGUGCAACUUUACAGUGUCACGUGCGAGGUAUUCCGGAGCCGAGUGUGAGGUGGUUCAAAGACGGAGAACCUUUGCUGGCGUCAGACAGACACGCUGUCGGGCUCACGGAUGCAGGAAAGUGUACGCUGACGAUCGCGGAUGCAGCGGACGCAGACGCGGGUCGCUACUCUUGCGAAGCCGUCAACGACCAGGGGAGGGUGUGCACGUUGACCGUCGUCCAAGUGAUAGCCAACCGCAAGAUUGUGGAGGCGGAACGGAGGCUUCAAGGGUGUCUUAUGAAAAACAACGACUUCAAAGAAUCGGCGCCGGUGUUUACCAAACAUCUGAUCGACCGCAGAGUGGAUAUCAACUCGACGGUCCGGUUGUCUUGUCAAGUAAACGGAUUGCCUGCACCCUUAGUUCUGUGGUACAAAGAUGGUCGGCCAGUAGACUUUGAGAGUGUAAUGGAGGGUGACAGGAAACCACCUGUCAGAGAUGAUUCGAACGACUUCUACACGCUGGAGCUGACUGGAGUCAAGUACGACGACAGCGGUGCUUAUGCGGCGGUGGCGUCCAACGCAAUCGGGAAGGCGUCCACGCGGUGCGUGUUAGAAGUGUUUAACAAGAACCGCACCGAUCCAGCGGUACCGACGUUCGUUUUCGGUCUCCCAACGACCAGCGAAGCCGUGGACUCGAUCGUUUUGAGCGCACAGAUCGACGCUUACCGUCCCGCAAAAGUCGAAUGGUUCAGAGAUGGAAUUCAAUUAAGAAAUGGACGGAGAGUAGACAUAAUUACUGAUCAUGACGGAAACCUAGAACUUAGGAUAGCUUGUGUCACAGACCGGGAUUCGGGCACUUACAUGUUAAGAGUGUCUAAUGAUACAGGUACGAUAGAAAGUCGUUGCGAUGUCAAUGUGGUGGAACGUGAACAUAAAGAUACGGGGAUGGAACAGAUUUCUUUGAUGAAUCAUUUAUAUUCAAAAAAACCAAAGUUCGUUGUAAAACCAAAAUUUCAAGAAGUCGAAGAAGGUCAAGAAGUAAUCAUCGAUUCAGAGAUCGUGGGUGACCCAUUGCCGAAGAUCACAUGGCUCAGGGACGGGUUAAAGCCGGAAUAUUAUCGUGACAAUUCGGAGUUUUUGUGCGUAUCUAACGGAAAUCGUUAUCAGCUGAAAAUUCCUCACGCCAAACUAACACACACGGGGACGUACACGCUACUGGCCGCCAAUCCGCAUGGACAGAUCAAAGCGUUAAUAUCUCUCCAAGUCUACUCGACAGGACACUGCAAGAAAAAAAUGGAAAAUGGGACCAACUACGCAACGGUGGAAAGGUUACCGAGAAUAAGUCGAGGGUUGGUCGACAUCGAGUGCCGGGAAAACGACAGCGUUUCGUUCGAAUGCAAGUUGAACAUCACGCAAGAGACGGACAUUAGAUGGCAAAAAGACGGCAAAUUGGUGAGAUUAGGCAAACAGAUUAAGUCUCAGCUGGUCGACGGCGAUACGGCUCGUCUUGACAUAUCCACUGCGAGUCCGCUGCACGAAGGACUAUACACGUGCACAGCUUUCAACGAACUGGGCCAAGACUCGACGUCGGCGCGACUGAUACUGCUGACGGAUUCACAAGAUACCGCCACGGCAACCCAGUCGAACGGACAGCGAAAUACUAUGCUUAAUUCACCAAUAUUAGCGGGCGAGACGAACGACCGGUCUACCAAACGGUUGAAGCGAAGCAGCGCGCCGAAAUUUUACGCCGUACUACACGACCGAAUCGCCGACGUCGGCGAAACGGUUAGGUUCCUUUGCAGCGUGUCCGGGCACCCGCCGCCGUGGUCAUCGUGGGAAAAAGAUGGCCAGCCCAUCGGCGUCAACAGCAGGAUGAGAAUUCGCGAGGACGACGACCACAGGUCGCUGGAGAUAUGCGACGUCAUCCCCGACGAUGCAGGUCUCUACCGAAUCACCGUCGAGAACAAAUUUGGAAAAAUCCAAGCCACUGCUCGGCUCGAAGUGUUGACACACAAUCAAACCACAAACGACGUCCAAAUCACUUCGUCGUCUAACGGCAGGAGACAGUCCGGGUCGGCUGCUUGUGCGGGUGAAAAUUUUACUCUCAGCUGUGACAUAAGGGGAAACUCCAUGUCUGACGUUACCUGGUACAAGGAUGACGAGAAAAUCGAGUCUGACGGCAGGGUGACUUCGUCCCUGGACGAUCUGGCGGCCAGACUUUCGAUAUCGAACUUGGAGUCGAUGGACACGGGUGUGUACACGUGUGUGGCGAGGUGCGAGUCCGGCGUCACCAGGUGCUCGACGGAAUUGUGUGUGUUCGAUACGAAACCGGCCACCGACUCGUAUUUACAACCUCCGAUAUUCGUCGAGGGUCUUGUUCCUAAGCGCACAGCUGACGAAGGAGAACCGGUCCAGUUGACCGUAAGACUCCAAGGUGCAGUUCCUAUGAGCGCCUCGUGGUUCAAAAACGACGUGCUCGUUCCCGACUGCGCGGACUUUGAGUACGUGGUGGCCGACGACCGUGGCGAAUUCGGCCUGUCGAUCAUUGAUCCUUUUGUUAAGGACAGCGGCACUUACAGUUGCAAAGUGGCCAACACGUUUGGUCAGGCCGUGUCUAGUGGACAACUCAUUAUAAACGAAAUGUCGAGCGAACAUCAGGAGCCAUUGGUCGUUGAACUGAACAACAAUCUGCAAGAAGUUGGAGAAAAGGCCGCGUUCAAUUCCACGGCUACCGCCAGAACCACACUUCCGGCAUCCAUACUCAGUGGGCCAUGUGAUACGACCGUCUUGCGUGGAGCCAAAGUUGUCUUGAAGACGUCGUACCAGGGCGAUCCGGAACCAUGUGUCCAGUGGCUCAGAGGGGGCAAAGUUUUGGAGUCCAACACGCAUCUGUGCAUAACCAACGAGCGCGGCGUAUCCAGUCUGACGAUCGACUCGAUCACAGCCGACGAUUGUGGCAAGUACGUCGUCCGCGUUGAUAACGGACACGGCAACGAUUUCCACUUCGCCUCGGUCGCCGUCGAAGGACCUCCGGACCCACCGGCCGGCAGACCUGUUGUCUCCGUGUCAGAGACUAGUGCGGACGUAACGUGGUCCAGUCCGGCGUACGACGGCGGGUGCAUGGUCACCGGUUACGGCGUGGAAGUCCGACCGUUCAACCAGUCCGAUUGGAAACUAGUGGCCGACAAGUGUCACUCGUUAUCUCACAUUGUCCGGGGUCUGGCACCCGGUGAGUCGUACGUGUUCAGAGUCCGAGCGGAGAACAUGCACGGAUCGAGCGAGGCGAGCUUAGAAUCCACACCGGUGUACAUACUGCAAACAGAUUAUGGAAACACUCUUUGGCCAAAAACAGUUAACAUAGAAAAAGGUGAACAAUUCGAUGGGCAAUACGAAGUACUGGAUGAACUUGGAAAAGGCAGAUAUGGAGUCGUGUACAAAGUUAAAGAACGCGAGACCAAUAAAUAUUAUGCUGCUAAGUUCGUCAGGUGCAUCAAGUCAACGGACAAGGAAAAAGCCCAAGAAGAAGUGGACAUAAUGAACUGUCUGCGACACCCAAAACUUUUACAGCUCGACGCGGCUUUUGAUAAGCCCAGAGAAGUGGUCUUGGUCACCGAAUACAUUUCCGGUGGUGAACUAUUUGAAAGAGUAGUGGCCGACGACUUCACGCUCACUGAAAAAGAUUGCAUUCUGUUCACCAGACAGAUAUGCGAAGGCGUGGACUACAUGCACAAGCAGAACGUUGUGCACUUGGAUUUAAAGCCAGAAAACAUCAUGUGCCAGUCCCGGACUUCGCACUACGUCAAGCUCAUAGACUUUGGGUUGGCCCAAAAAAUCAUACCGGGACAACCAAUGCGAGUGCUUUUCGGCACCCCCGAGUUCAUCCCACCCGAGAUCAUCGGCUACGAACCCAUCGGCCUCGAAUCGGACAUGUGGUCCGUGGGAGUGAUCUGCUACGUGCUAUUGUCCGGUCUGUCACCGUUCAUGGGCGACAACGAUCCUGAAACGUUCACCAACAUAACGAAAGCUGAAUUUGAUUUCGACGAUGAGGCAUUCGACGCCGUCUCUCAGGACGCCAAGGACUUCAUAAGCGCGCUGUUGAUCAAACGCAAAGAGUUAAGACUUACUGCCAGAGAAUGUCUGAAACAUAAGUGGCUGGCGCAGCAGGACAUGGACAUGAGUUGCGUAAUACUGAGCACGGAUAAACUUAAAAAAUUCAUCAUCCGACGAAAAUGGCAGAAAACUGGCAACGCAAUCCGUGCCCUGGGCAGGAUGGCCACUCUGUCAGCGGCUAGCAGACGUGGUGUCAGUGGAGGUGGAGGAACGGGAGGUGGAUGUGGAACCGGAAUCGUUUUACAAAAGCUAAAAAUGGCCAGCCUGAGAGAAGAAGAGGCGGCCGGAGAGUCACAUUCGGAAGCUCAUGAAAUUGCGAUAACCGAAACAACGAAAAAUGGCAGUGGCCAUAAGUCUUGUGACGCUCGCAGCGACAGUGGCUUUAGUGAUUGUCCAUCUAUAGCUUCUCCUACUGCGAUGCUUGUCCGUCCGGCAGAAUGUCCAUCUGCCAUAUCCGAGGAAACGCCACCGGUUUCCGACCAGGAUCGUUUUUCUCCACCACCUACUCAUGGCUCUUCUUCACCCAUCACUCGUCGUUCUUCUUCUCCUACCACUCAUCGGUCUCCUUCUCCCACCACUCGUCGUUCUCCUUCUCCCACUACUCGUCGUUCUCCUUCUCCCACGACUCGUUGUUCUCCCUCUGCUCCCCUCACUUGUCGUCCUUCUCCUCCAGGGGCCGCUUGUCAUCCUUCUUCUCCUGCUACUCAUCGUCCAGCUUCUCCCGCCACUCGUCGUCCGUUUUCUCCUACAACUCAUCGCUCCUCGUCUCCCACAACCCGUGGUUCAUCUUACCCAGCCACUCGUGGACCUUCUCCUCUCGCAACUCAUCUCCGUUCUCCUCUCCCACGAAACCGCCGUGAUGCCACUCAUACUGUUCAUGACGUACCACUGCCCGCAGGUACCGGAGUCAGUGGCGUGUGCAAGACAAACAGGAUAAUCUUUGACAGUGGACGGCGUGACGGCAAUGCUUCAUCGCCUGGCAUGGGCGGGGGCGGCGUUCAGCGUAAGGAACCCAUUCGCAUACAGACGGCCGAUAAUUUCAAGAAGGCUGUUGCCUUUUGGAAACAGUGAAAUAUUAUAUUUUUUUAUAACAAUACAUGGUGAUAACGUCACCCUCUUAGAUCGGGUGUGUUUUUUUUCUUUAACUAAUAUGCUAUUAUCGAACUAUUAUUAUAUAUUCAUUAUUAUACCUACCUACACAUAUUGUUUCGGAUAGUAAGACUCUCGUUUUUACUUUAUAACUGUUUUUUUUUAAAUUUAUUUUUAUUUUAUACUUUAGAUAUGAUAUUUUACGUGUUAUUUCAUUAUUGCCAAAGCUUAGACAUUUAAUUUAUAAGUGUACAUAUUAAUAUUACUAUCACAUAACGGUUUGAUAUAAUUCAAUGAACCGUUAUUCGCAUUUCAUAAUGUUGUUAUAUUAUACACAUGUGCCAUUGACCUUAAGCCGUUUAUACAAAUAUAUUAUUUACUAUUUUAUUAUUAUAUAUUAUAUACAUUAUACAUAAACAUGCCUAUACUAUCAAUCGUCGUGUCUCGCUCAUUAUUACCAAUUAUAGUCCCGUGUUAUUGUUAUAGCAUAGGUGUCUUGAAUAAAAAGAUUAUUGUAAGUCAGCUUUUUAUUGUCCGCCGUCUGGAUAUUUGUAUUUUUAUGUUUUUUUUCGUGUGUAAACUUUUACAAUUAAUUAUACAUACAUAUUAAGCAGUUA